UCCCGGUCCCGGUGUUGCUCCCAUUCCCGGUCCCGGUGUUGCGCCCGUCCACGGUCCCAGUGUUGCUCCUGGUCCCGGUGUUGCUCCCGUUCCCCGGUGUUGUUCCCAUUCCCGUUCCCCGGUGUUGUUCCCAUUCCCGGUCCCGGUGUUGCUCCCGGUCCCGGUGUUGCUCCCAUUCCCAUUCCUGGUCCCGGUGUUGCGCCCAUUCCCGGUCCCGGUGUUGCUCCCAUUCCCUUUCCUGUUCCCGGUGUUGCGCCCGGUCCCGUUGUUGCUCCCGCUCCCAGUCCCGGUGUUGCUCCCGGUCCUGGUGUGGUUCCCAUUCCCGGUCCCGGUGUUGCGCCCGGUCCCGGUGUUGCUCCCAUUCCCGGUCCCGGUGUUGCUCCCAUUCCCGGUCCCGGUGUUGCUCCCGGUCCCAUUCGUGGUCCCGGUGUUGCUCCCGUUCCCGGUGUUGCUCCCAUUCCCAUGCCUGGUCCCGGUGUUGCUCCCGGUGUUGCUCCCUGUCCCGGUGUUGUUCCCAUUCCCACUCCCAGUGUUGCUCCCGGUGUUGCUCCCAUUCCCAUUCCUGGUCCCGGUGUUGCUCCCGGUCCCCCUCCCGGUGUUGCUCCCAGUCCCGGUGUUGCUCCCAUUCCCAUUCCCAGUCCCAGUGUUGCUCCCGUUCCCGGUGUUGCUCCCAUUCCCAUUCCCGUUCCCGGUGUUGCUCCCCGUUCCCGGUGUUGCUCCCGUUCCCAUUCCCAGUCCCAGUGUUGCUCCCGGUCCUGGUGUUGCUCCCAUUCCCAUUCCUGGUCCCGGUGUUGCGCCCGUUCCCGGUGUUGCGCCCGGUCCUGGUGUUCCCAUUCCCGGUCCUGGUGUUGCUCCCAGUCCCGGUGUUGUUCCCAUUCCCAUUCCUGGUCCCGGUGUUGCUCCCAUUCCCGGUGUUGUUCCCAUUUGCAUUCCCGGUCCCGGUGUUGCUCCCAUUCCUGUUCCCGGUGUUGCUCCCCGUUCCCAUUCUUGGUCCCGGUGUUGCUCCCCGUUCCCGGUGUUGCUCCCCGUCCCGGUGUUGCUCCCGUUCCCAUUCCCAGUCCCGGUGUUGCUCCCGGUCCUGGUGUUGCUCCCAUUCCCAUUCCUGGUCCCGGUGUUGCGCCCGUUCCCGGUGUUGCGCCCGUUCCCGGUGUUGCUCCCAGUCCCGGUGUUGCGCCCGUUCCCGGUGUUGCUCCCCUUCCCGGUGUUGUUCCCAUUCGCAUUCCUGGUCCCGUUCCCGGUCCCGGUGUUGCGCCCCGUUCCCGGUCCCGGUGUUGCCCCCGGUCCCGGUGUUGUUCCCAUUCCCCAUCCCGGUGUUCCGCCUGGUCCCGGUGUUGCUCCCCAUCCCGGUGUUGUUCCCAUUCCCUGUCCUGGUGUUGCUCCCCGUCCCGGUGUGGUUCCCAUUCCCAUUCCUGGUUCCAGUGUUGCUCCCAUUCCCGGUGUUGCUCCCAGUCCCGGUGUGGUUCCCAUUCCUGUUCCCGGUGUUGCUCCCGUUCCCGGUGUUGUUCCCAUUCCCAUUCCCGGUGUUGCUCCCAGUCCCGGUGUUGCUCCCAUUCCCAUUCCUGGUCCCGGUGUUGCUCCUGUUCCCUGUCCCGGUGUUGCUCCUGUUCCCGGUGCCGAUCCCAUUCCCAUUUCUGGUGCUGAUCCCCGUCCCGAUCCCAUUCCCAGUCCCGGUGCCGAUCCCAUUCCCAGUCCUGAUCCCAGUCCUGAUCCCAUUCCCAUUCCCAGUGCCGAUCCCAUUCCUGGUGCUGAUCCCAGUCCUGAUCCCAUUCCCAUUCCCGGUGCUGAUCCCAGUC